AUCGGGAUUUUCAACUGAAUCUACAGCAGUUUUUCGCUCAUUCACGUCUACCCGUACCAACAAUGUCCACCGAGCCACAAUUUGAAAAUCCAUUCAUUGAUCGUCAAUUGGAUGGAUCAAAAAUCCACGAAAUUUCCGGGCACAGGUUCAAGGCCACGGCUCUUGUUCAGCCAACCUGCUGUGCAAUUUGCUCCAAGUUGAUCUACGGACUCGGAAAACAAGGCUACAGGUGUUUGGGCUGUGAAACUGUUGUUCACAAACGCUGCCAUUCCUUAAUAAACGAUCGUUGCAACUUCGGCCCAUCAUCUCCCCGCCAGCCACCUCCACAAGAGCUUUCCAGUGAUUCUGGAGAGCUUCGGCACAGGAUCCCAUCGCCCACUGAGCCCCAAGUCUCCACCAAUCAUCACUUCAACAAGCAUUUCUACACCCGACCAACGUUCUGUGAUCACUGUGGAAGCCUGCUCUACGGGCUCUCCAAGCAAGGCGUUCAAUGCUCGGAUUGUUUGGCAAAUGUGCACCAUCGUUGUAAGGAGAAGGCGGUUCACAAUUGUAUUGUUUCAAGCCAAUAAUUCAAAUAAGUUUUUAUGAUAUCUAAAAAUACCUUCUAGGCAGCAUAAAAAUGCCGAAAUAUGUUCCUAUAAGGCACAUAGGUAGGCGUUUUUUGCCUGCCUAGAAAACACAUUUCACGCUGAUUCUUACCACCCUGAUCUCUUUUUCUUUCAUUAUUUUUCUUCUUCUCCAUAACAAAAAAAAAUGAAUUUUCAAUAUUUUUAUAAGACUAGAAAGUUUACCCGUGAGAUAAAUACUUGU